AUGGGCGACCGCUUCAUGAACCUCAACCUCCCCUUUUCGUUCCUCGCCUCGGACGACGUUAUCUGCGCCUCGAUCGAAUACCGCCUCGCCCCGCAGCACCCCUUUCCUGGGCCUACCGAAGACUGCUACGCCGUUCACGGCGAACGGGACACGGACGACGUGGGUGGGUAUCAGACGGCGUAA